UUCCUCUUUCUUUCACGCGACCCUUCUGUGCUCGGUACUACCUUGUCUUUAAACCAGCUGUUUAGCGAUCCUUGGAAGCACUGCAAAGAUGCCCAGGGAAGACAGGGCCACGUGGAAGUCCAACUAUUUUAUGAAAAUCAUCCAACUUUUGGAUGACUAUCCAAAAUGCUUCAUCGUGGGUGCAGACAACGUGGGCUCAAAGCAGAUGCAGACCAUCCGUCUGUCUCUGCGUGGCAAGGCUGUGGUGCUAAUGGGUAAAAACACCAUGAUGCGCAAAGCCAUUCGUGGCCACCUGGAGAACAAUCCUGCUCUGGAGAAGCUCCUGCCCCACAUCAAAGGAAACGUGGGCUUUGUCUUCACCAAGGAGGAUCUGGCUGAGGUCAGGGACAUGCUGCUGGCCAACAAGGUACCUGCAGCUGCCCGUGCUGGAGCCAUCGCCCCUUGUGAUGUGACUGUGCCAGCCCAGAACACUGGUCUGGGUCCAGAGAAGACCUCUUUCUUCCAGGCUCUGGGUAUCACCACCAAGAUCUCUAGGGGAACCAUUGAAAUCUUGAGUGACGUCAAUCUGAUCAAGACUGGCGACAAGGUUGGUGCCAGCGAGGCCACACUGCUCAACAUGCUGAACAUCUCGCCCUUCUCCUUCGGGCUCAUCAUCCAGCAGGUGUAUGACAAUGGCAGUGUUUACAGUCCUGAGGUGCUCGACAUCACAGAGGCUUCUCUGCAUGCCAGGUUCCUGGAGGGUGUGAGGAACAUCGCUAGUGUGUGUAUGGAGAUUGGCUACCCCACUUUGGCCUCUGUACCCCACUCCAUCAUCAAUGGCUACAAGAGAGUCCUGGCUGUCGCUGUUGAGACUGACUACUCCUUCCCGCUGGCAGACAAGGUCAAAGCCUUCCUGGCUGACCCAUCUGCUUUUGCUGCUGUCGCAGCACCUGCAGCAGCUGCCCAAACUGCUGCUGCUCCAGCUGCUGCUAAGGAGGAGGUUAAGGAGGAGUCUGAAGAAUCAGAUGAUGACAUGGGCUUUGGCCUGUUCGACUAAUACAAAUACAGCGAACAGAACCAGAUAUGAGUCAAAUAAGACCGUGAUUCAAUAAAAAUGUCUCUUUA